CGCAGCAAGCGCGCUGGCCGGAACUACGCUACUGUGUCCCAGCGUUGAGCUUUCCUUAGUCUCCCUAAGCGCGGCAGCGCUUUACCUAAGGCCAUAACAGUUGGAUGAGUGACACGAAACUGGAACCCUGACAUCAAGGAAACUUGGCAUAACUCUUGUUUUGCUAGACGACGUUGGGAUUUCUUGAUGACCGUUGAAAGGCGCGCGCUCAACGGGCGCUGGAGCCUUGGAGCGUCCUGGACUGUAGGGUUCCGAUCUUUCGCACUGGGGGUCUAGACGCACAGCGAGCAAUUCCACUUCUCCGCGUGCCAUCUGAGUGCACCUGGACUCUGUCUAAAACGACAGAGAUCAAUUUUGGUGGAGCCCGCAGGCAUUCGCGGCGCAGGCACUUUGGAGAUUACUAAUUCUUUAGUAAGCCGAGGACCGCGGUACCAAUACCUUUUAGAGCUGUUCUCACCUAGAAACCAUACCGUGGUCACUUCUCAUCAGAAAGGAGCUCUAUUUGCGAUAGGUGCAGAAACUUACGCGCGACCACGCCUCUGGCCUUUCUUUUACGUGGGCUGUUUAAAGGUCUUGAGUGAGCAGAGUCCUCGAGGAGGAGAAGAGUCAGGGUGCAGAACGCCGGCGCCAAUCCCUAUUCUCUGGCCUGUGACCGCAUUCGUCCCGCCCUCUGCACUUCUAUAAGAGCGGCAGAGAGAGCGCACAGGGAGUACCGCCCCCAGGCGCGCUACUUCUCCGCUCCUCAAGAGCCCGUACCACUGUCCCCAGGGCUGCCGGCUACAGGACACUAGUUCCUCCCCUUCUCGACCCCCAGCACGGGGUGGCUGAGCUAGGCUCUAGAUCCUCUGCUGUCUUGUUCUCCGGCCCUAGGCAAUCCCCCCGCAGUGUUGGUCCGCAGGUGAGCAGCGCUGCAGCGCCGCUGUCAGGCGAGCUCACCUUGCACAGCCCGGCAGCCAGCGCAAAACUCUGGUCCCUGCAGGAUGAAGAACCCGAUGUUGGAAGCGGUGUCACUCCUCCUGGAGAAGCUGCUCCUCAUCUCCAACUUCAAGCUCUUUAGCGUAUGCACUCCCGGAGGAGGCACAGAGAGGAAUCGGCGCUAUGAAAUCAGCUCUUUUCUCCGGGGCGAUGUGCUGGAAGUGUCACGGACCCAUUUUACCCACUAUGGGAUCUACCUCGGGGACAACCGUGUCGCCCAUCUAAUGCCCGACAUCCUGUUGGCCCUGACCAACGACAAGGGGCGUACUCAGAAGGUGGUCUCCAACAAGCGUCUUAUCCCGGGAGUCAUUUGCAAGGUGGCCAGCAUCCGUGUGGACACAGUAGAGGACUUUGCUUACGGAGCAGACAUCCUUGUCAAUCACCUUGACGAGACUCUCAAAAAGAAGUCAUUGCUUAAUGAGGAGGUGGCAUGCAGGGCUGAGCAGCAGUUGGGGCUCACCCCUUAUAGCCUACUGUGGAACAACUGCGAACACUUUGUUACCCACUGCAGAUAUGGCGCUCCGAUCAGUCCACAGGCUGAGAAGUUUCAUGAGACUGUGAAGAUAAUCAUUCGUGAUCAGAGGAGUUCUCUUGCUUCAGCUGUCUUGGGACUAGUGUCCAUUGUCUACAUGGGCUUGGCAUCAUAUAUGACCUUUCCUGCAAUCUGUAUCCCAUUCUGCUUGUGGAUGAUGUCUGACUAGAUUCUAAUCCCCAUGUGAAUGUGUAUGGAGUUUGUGUGGGACUAUGUUUAUAUUUAGAGAAGACAAAACAUUAGAAGCUUGUUGAGAAAACGUGGCAUUCAACACUGUGUUCUAGAUAAACAAAAGUGAUUAAGAAUCAUACACAGUGCUUACCAUGUAAGCCGAACAGAGCCUUUCCGUGUCCUCUCAGGCAGUUCCGCUGCAGAGCACCAUGAGCCCUUGGAAGCAAAGCAGGACUCAGCAGCCCCAGAAAAGCAGCCCCUGAGGUGACAUUCACAGGAGAGUUUCUGGGUUAUUCUUUUCCUCCUGUAAUCAUUAUGCUGUUAUCAACUGCGAUUGUUAACUUUACUGUAACUGUAUUCUGCUUAUUGAAUGACUGGUAUUAAAGGGAACAUUUUCCUUCAUUUAGAUGAAAACGUUUGAUAAUUAGCCAAAAAGAAACCAUGUCUCACAUUCUGCCUUUCUUCAUGUAAUAAUAUAAUUUCAAGACAGUUGAGAAUAUUAUUUUCAUGUUCUGAGAUGAGUGUUGACAGAACUUACUGAAAGUAACUGGCUAAAAAGCACAGAAAUGUUUUCUUCUGCAGAAACAGUGAUAGUAGCUAUUUAUAUUCACUUUUGAGUAGUCUGAUACUGUGUUUUUCUUCUUUUUUUAUAUGCCUGUAUGACUACUUUAAAAAGGUAAAUGGAUGUAGGAUUGAAGCAAUUCCAGUAUUUGGUGUACAUACAUACUAAAUAAAUACACCAAUGGUGUACAUACUAAAUAAAUACGCAAAUAUCUGCACACACAUAGAUUGAUAGGUAAACUGUAUUUCUGGUUACUUUAUUAUACUAGUGUGAUUAUUAAUGAGGAUCUACAAAGGUGAACAUAAAAUCAAGUCCAGUGUUUUUUCCUCUGCCCUUAAACCUGUAUAUAUGUCACUGGUUAGUUUGGUUUUUUUAAAGCUAAAUUUACUAAUGUCCUUUUUCAAAACACCUGAUUUGUUUUACUGUCAGUGUAAGUAUAAGUACUGUAAGUGCAGUUUAUGAACUUAGAGGUGUAUCACAGCAGUCAGUAUAUAUAGCCUAUAUAGGUAGAGCCAAAGGAAAUUAAUCUGAUAAAAUUAACAGUGCCAAGCAUGGAAAAUGAUCUCACUGAAUCCACUGGAUCAGAGCAGUGUUAAAAACAUGCCUUCAAGACUUUGGUAAAUUCACUAAAAACAACACCACAGUUUGAAGUUGCAUUUCAGGUUUUGGAACUGUUUUAUCAGAGGUGGUACAUGCCUAAAUACCUGCAUGUAGAAGGCUGAAGCAGCAGAUGGAGAGCUCCAGGCCUGUAUGGGCUGGAGGACAAUACUUGUCUGUGAAAUGUCAAGAGUUACAGAACAGGCACCCAAGAGAUGACUCAGCACUUGAGAGCUAUUGCUGCUUUUGCAGAGGACCAGGGUUCAGUUUCUAGCAACCCCUGGUGGCUCACAAUAUGUAACUCCAAGUCCUGAAGAUACAACACUCUCUUCUGGCCUCCAUGAGCAUAGCACACACAUGGGAAGCACAAACAUAGGCAAAGCACCCCCACACAUAAAUUAAAUAUAUAGCUUUAAAAAAAAAAGGAAUCACAAAAUAACCAAGCAUGGUGGCACAUACUUUAAUCCCAAGGCUUGAGAUGUGGAGGCAGGAAGAUUGGAGUUCAAGAUCAGCCUACUACACAGGGGGGUUUAAGACUUGCUUGCAUCACACAGUGGGGCUCAAAACCAGCCUGCGCUAUCUAGGGAGUUCUGGACCAAUUCAGGCUACAUGAGACCCAAUCUUGAAACAACAAAGGAAUCAAAAAUGGUGAUUCUUAUGGUGGGAAGGAGGAAUUGUUUUAGUCAGUGACCCACCUGGAACAAGACCGAAGAGUAGAACUUAGUUUAACUGAGGCUUUAUUACCCUGAGUUUUCCUACAACAAAUUCAGUUGGGGUAUAAUGACGAUUAAACUUUGUUUAAUAUUCAGAUUACUUACAAGUUUUAUAUUACUAAAACAUUAAAUGGCAAAGUCAAAGAAUGCAGGUGUUCUAUGGACCUGUUCCAACACUUAAAUUACCUUAAGCAUCUGUGCAUGAUGACAGCCAUUGUGUUAGUGCCAUUUCCCCUCAUCUGGGAGUACUUAAGUGAACCUUUUUUCAGACAAGUAUUGCAGAAAAUACUAUUUGACAUUAAAUCUGUGUUCAUAGACAGUGGUUCCUCUUUACAUACUACCUAAGUUCUUUUGGAACUGGGAUUAACCUAAGUAACCUUGCCUCUCUUCAUAUCAUUAGACCAAGACAUUCAUCAUUCAUUGAUGCUCACUUUGUGCUAAGCAUUCAAGUGCUGCAAUUUCAUGUUCUAUUUUACUUUUUUUUUGAGACAGGGUCUUAGUAGACCAGAUUUGCCUCCAUUCACUCAUAUAGCCCUUAGGGUCUCUGCUUCCCAAGUGCUGGGAUUAAAGGUGUGCUCCACAACUCCUGGCCUAAUACCACUUUUUAGCCAGCUAUAAAAGCCUGUAUAUAGUGUGGUGGGAAUAUAGAGAAGAUCAAAUAAUUUCUGCCUCAAGAGUCAGCAUUUACUUGAAGAAGGCAAUAACAAGCAGGAAGCUGAAAGACUGAGGUUAUUUUGUUACACUGACAUCAUUCAACUGACCUUCGAGAGAGAGGGAAGGAGGGAAGAAAGGUUCUAUUUGGUAAAUGUUGCUCAGCAGGGGAACUGCUGAACUUGUAGGUAAAAGGGUUCUCUUAUAUUGCUUCAGUUUGAUUAGUUAGCUAACAAGGUAGAAAAAUGACAGUUAGGAAAGAAAUCCUGAGCAAUCAUUUCUUUUCUAACCCAAGGCAGGCAGGUCAAGAAUUUCUCUAACUUCAGUCAAGGCUCAUCAUUAUGAGCCAAGUUCCUCAUAUCAUAAUAUUUCUAUUCUAUCUUAUACAGUGAUAGCCAAGUCAUAGCUAAUGAGCUUUUUCACUUCUUGUUUUUUUUUUUUCUCUGCACAGAUGAAGGCCAAAUGGACUUACUGGAUUUAAGAUGAGUUAAUGCAAGUGUCAGGGAGUAUGCUGUGUAUGGAAUGAAAAGACAUGAGACAUGGACUAAAGUAUACGGCCCAACAGUCAUAGCUGCCCUGGAGUUUCAGUGAUUGGUAUCUGCACAGGGCUAAUGGAAGGCACACAGAGAGAAGGGACUAAUUUUAGCUGCUGAAACCAAAAUCAGACAGCAGGUACUGAGACUUGAAGAACGAGACAGAUUUUGGACAGGACAUUGCACACAUGGAUGGGAAUAGCACAGGGAAUGCAUGGAAACAGCCUACAACAUGCACCAUGCACAGCUGUGAGGUAUCCUAUGUCAGGCAAACGCGCAUGCUAGGGGUUAGCAGAGCAAGGGUGCUGACUAGACAUGUGGAAAGCAAUGCUGAGAUAGUGUAAAUCUUUUGUAGACCAAGAAGUUUGGACUUUAUGAACAGGCAGUGGAGAACUGGAGUAUAGAAAGGUCAUUUCCCAGAAUAAAGAAGGUGAGGGUGGGAUAAGGAGACCUGAGAGGUUUAGCUAAGAUCUUUUGUUCUGUCAAAUAAGGGCCUAGAGCAGAGGUUCUUAACCUUCAUAAUGCUGAGACUCUUUAAUACAGAUUCUCAUGUUGUGGUAACAUAAAAUUAUAUUUGUUGUUACUUCACAACUGUAAUUUUGCUACUGUUAUGAAUUAUAUUGAAAAUAUUUGAUAUGCACAAUAUCUGAUUUGUGACCCUUGUGAAUGAGUUGCUUGACCCCCAAAGGGUUGUGACCCACAGGCUGAGAACCACUGGUCUAGAUGGUGAGAUGGCUCUGUGGGGAAGUGUACCUUCUGUAAAACCUGAGGACCUGAGUUCAAAUAAGGGUCUGUAACUGCAAGGCUAGAAAGCAAAUGUGUCAAAGAAGUGCCAAUCAACUUGAGCCACACCUUUAGACUUGGCUAAUAAAAACUCUUGAUCGAGUCUUAGAGUUAUCAUGUGUCCUUGCUUUUCCUGAGAAAGAACUGAUUCCUGCAAAAUAAAUUAACUUGACUACUGUGUAUAUAUUGGAUACUCCUGAUAUUUGCUCUGCUAGGCAUGCUCCUUUUUAAUGACAAGCAAGGAACGUAUGGAUUGGUUGUUUUAAUUUUUGUCAGAACCUACUUCUUACUUUGCCAUUUUCUAUUUCAUAUUGUUCAUGUCCAAGACCAGAAGCUGCUCUCCAGGAACAUGUAAUUACUAUAAUGGCGAAGUCUUUGUUAUAGAUAAGAAGAAUAUGGGCAGAGUCUUCAUUUUAUAUGAUUUAGCUGGGGUUUUUAGUUAAACUAACUUUACAUUGAUAUACAAGUAUUUUGAAUAAAAUCAAUUCUACAUA